UGCGCAGACGUCCUCCGGCUACGUGAGGCGUGUGUCUCCGAGGAAAAAGGCUGCGGGGAGCCAACGUGGGCCGGAGAAGGGAGGUUGCUUGUUUUGGUUCUGUUCUAGGAACGGCGUACAGCAGUAGCCCUUCGCACCGGGAAAAGGCCUUCAGGAAAAGAUUAUUGGAGUCACCUGCUCCGUGAUGUCCCAUUUCCCCUUCGGCUGUCUUCGAAAGGGCUGAGGAAAGGUGGGCUGGCAUUGAUAGAGCGCCUCUUGCUGACUCGGGUGAAUGCGACGUUGGGAGUCGUACAGAAAACGAAUGUAUAAGCCCAGAGCCCAAAUCAGAACUGGAGCUGACUAAGCUGGACUUUAAAAAGAGAACGACAUCUCAUGCCACAGUCCUGUGUCUGAUUUUUGGCUAUUUCUUUUCGCUCAGUCUCGGGUUUUCGAGCUUGAUGGCUGCUUCGGUACCUGGAACGGCUGGUCCGAAAAGCUGGAAGAGAAGUUGUUAUCAUUCACGUGGAUGCAGUGUUGAGCACCUGCGAACCUGGUGGAGAGAGAGAGAAGCAGUUUGUUACAGCUCUGAGAAGUGCACGGAGGCUAAAACAGUUGUUCAGUAAGCGGCGUUUAUGUGAAGACAAGUCAUCAGAUGGAGAAGUUGAAAUGGAUGGUGAAGCAGCAGCUCUUUUAUCAGAGGAACAGGUUUCACAGCUUUUAAAAAAGACCCAGAGAGGAACAGAAGACAGAACAGCCUCCAUGCAUCUUCUUCGACAAGGACUACAGCACAGAGAAAUCCAGCAGAAAUUUAUCAGGUUAGAGGGAAGUAUGACUGCGCUGAUUGGCCUAUUUACCAGCAAUCUAGCCAAUCUGCAGAUGGAUGCGGCUUGCUGUUUACACGAACUUUCACUGUCUACUGAUUCUGCUGUGGUCGAAGCAUGCUUACCAGCAACUUCUUAUCUCCUGACUUACCUUUCUGGACACAGUGUAGCUCUCAUGGAGCUGUGUUUAUACACAUUAGGGAACUUAGUAGUUGAGAUGAAAGCUGUGAAGAAGCACCUUCUACCUCAAGGCAUUAUCCCAGUGUUGGCAUCCUGUAUCCAGUCUCCUCAUGUGACGAUACAAGAAGGUGUUGGCUACGUUCUGUCACAACUCUUGCAAUCCAAGGAAGCUCCAGCUGAAAUCAUACCGUUGCUCUUAGAAUCCACUCUCCCUCAACACAUGCUUCACUUGGUUUGUUCCAGGCUGGAAGGCAGAAUAGGAACUGCAGUGGAAUGUGCCUGGGGUCUUCACUACAUUAUUUGCAGCCAAGUGAACAAUUCAUUAUUGAUCUCCCAAAGGACUGUGCUAUCCCUAGUGCAACUGUUGCUGGAAUUGUCCUCUCGGAUAGCAACAACUUCUGUUGAGAGUCUAGAAUUGUUGAUAUGCCCUGUUGUGCGGUGUGUUGGCAAUCUUAUUGCGGAAGAUGAAGCAAAUACUGAUGAACUGCUAAUAAAGGAAGAGUGCCUUCUGAAGGCCUUAUUUGUCUUUAUGCAGUAUUUCCUCCCCAUACACACCUUUGUUGUGAGCGAAUGUCUGUGGCUCAUGAACAACCUCACCGUUCGCAGCACCACAUCUUGUUCUGCUCUGCUCGGCCUGGAAGUCUUUCCGUAUCUGUUGAAGCUCUUAUGUUCUUAUCAGGUGAUCAGGUUGCUGGUUCUAACAGUGUUGUGCAAUAUAGCUGCCAAGGGUGCUGCCUACUGUGAAAUGCUGCACCAAAAAGCUGUGCUUCCUUCUCUUGUAAAUAUCCUUCUUGUUUCUGAUGUCCAAGUAAUAGGCCAAGAUCUAGAACUAUUACAUCUUAUCUUCCUUUACUGGCCAAAGGCUGCUGUUGACUUUGUAAAUCAUUCUGGACUAUACGCCUUACAGCAGCAUCAAGACAACCUACAUUUGCAAGAGCGAGUCAAAGUGCUAAUUCAAACAGUUAGCCAGAUAACUGCUGUCCCUCAAAAUAAUACCCUUGGAACUGAAAAUCUUCAUUUUACCUCUUUACAAAAUUGAAGCAAUGACAUAUGUAAAUGAAUUAUAUUAACCUGUUGCCAACAAAUUUUGAACAAAACCCUUUGAACAGCACUGUACUACUAAAUCUCUCAUAUCUGUAUCAUUUGUAACUUUCAUUUUGAACAAAACAUUCAUCAUAGAGCAACAAUUUUUGAACCAAUUUAUCUCAAAAGGAUUAUCUUACAGAAUACAUCCCUAUGCUCUUGUGUUCUCUUUCUCACAGACUGACAUCCACAUCCAUCAGCACCUUUCCUUUCUGAGCAUUUGUGCUCACAUACAUUUCUUUUCCCUUCAGCUGAAAAAUGAAAUCAAAGCAUUUUUUUUUUAAAAAAAGGAGUAUAUGUAUUAAGGCAUUCCAGGAAUUCUGUAAAAAUUAGCACAAUUAAUAAAAAUGUUUUAAAUAAAUAUUCAGGAGUGAAUUUCGCUGAAUUUAAUGGAAUUUAUCUAAAAGUGGUUAUAGGUUUAUUAGAUCAUAUAGAAAGCAUUUGUAGUAGUUUGUAUGAAUUUAAGGUAUUUCUAUUUGGAUUUACACUUUAAGCAUAAUGAAUGUAGUUUUCAAAUUUAUCAUUAAUACUUUGCCAAAGUCCUGCAUUCCAACCUGCAGAUUUAACACAUAUUUUUCUUCAUUGAAUUGGUUAUUAUAUAUGCUUCUAAUAUUUAGUUGGUUGGGUGAGAGAAGCCAGCAAAAAUGGACCCAGUUUAAAAUAAACUGGAUGUGUUGGUGAAUGUGGAAAAAACCUCUCCAGGAAAAAAAUCCACCAAUACAUCAUUUUUGGAGUCUAUUGGACAGCAAUUUAAUAAAUACCGUAUAUGCCGGCGUAUUAGGCGACCCGGCGUAUAAGACAACCCCCGUCUUUAUAGCCGGGCCGCAUUCCUAGAACGUCGUCUUAUACACCGGAAACUACCAGUAUUUCCGGCGUAUAAGACGACCCCCGUCUUUGGCGCCGAUUUCAGCGCUCGCAGAAGUCGUCUUAUACGCCGGCAUUUAUGGUACAUAAAUUCAAAAGUUGCUGAUUUCCAUUCUAAGCUCCCCUUCUUUCUGGUGAUGUGAUCCAAACUGGAGUGAAUGUUAUCCACCAUAUAUUUCCCAGUGCACACCCACACACUGAUAUAAUAUGGAGG